AUGAUGUUCUAUAAACUUGUUGUACUUGGUGAUGGUGGUGUAGGCAAGAAAUCGCUUACGAUUCAACUAUGUCUAAAUCAUUUUGUUAAGACUUAUGAUCCUACGAUCGAAGAUUCAUAUAGAAAGCAAGUUGUUAUUGAUAAUAAACCAUGUGUUUUAGAGGUAAUAGAUACAGGCGGACAAGAAGAAUAUACUGCAUUGCGUGAUCAAUGGAUUAGAGAUGGUGAAGGUUUCCUUUUUGUAUACUCAAUUUCAUCUCGAUCUACAUUUGAGCGGAUAGGACGAUUUCGGGAUCAAAUAACUCGGGUUAAAGAUACCGAGUCGGUUCCUAUUAUACUUGUUGGUAAUAAAUGUGAUAAAAUUACUGAACGUGAGGUUUCACGGGAAGAAGGUGUGAAUAUGGCUCAAAGACUUGGAUGUGAAUUUAUCGAAACCUCGGCAAAAGAGUGUGUAAAUGUUGAAAGGGCAUUUUACACCGUUGUCAGAAUGAUUCGGGCUGAUCGUGAGAUUCCUAGACGAAGGAAGAAAGGAUGCUUGAUCUUAUAA